CCCCGGGCCGAGCCGCGCGGAGCCAAGCCGGCCCUGCCGCCCCAGGUGCUGCUGUGCCGCCUGUACCGCUGGCCCGACCUGCGCCAUGCCUACGAGCUCAAGCGCCUCAGCUGCUGCCAGAGCUUCUGGGGCUGCGGGGACGGGCCCGUGCUCUGCUGCAACCCCCACCACCUCAGCCGCCUGGCCAUGCCCGAGACACCACCGCCCCCCUACUCCAAGGCCUCCCCCUUCACCCCUCCCUGGACCGAGGCGUGGGAGCGCUCCCUCUCCAGCUGCAACACUGGCGGCGACCAGCGCGACACCAGCCUCAUGCGGCCUGCAGCCAAGGAUGGGCACUGGUGUGAGCUGGCCUACUGGGAGCACCGCACACGCGUUGGCCGUCUCUACACUGUGCAUGGCACCGCUGUUGACAUCUUCUGUGAGCUGCCGCAGGGCAGCGGCUUCUGCCUGGGCCAGCUAAGCACCGCACACCGCAGCGUGGCCGUGCACCGGGCCCGCGGCAAGAUCGGGCGAGGGCUGCGGCUGAGCCGGGAGCCAGGCGGUAUCUGGGCCUACAACCGCAGCGAGCACCCCGUCUUCGUGCACUCACCCACGCUGGGGCCACCUGGUGCGCGUGGCCAGGCCGUGCACAAGCUGCUGCCCGGCUACUCUGUAAAGGUGUUUGACUACGAGCGGGUGGGCGCUGCAGCGGGUGGGCGAGCCCUGGGCGAUGGACCCAGUGACCCCCACAGUGUUCGCAUCAGCUUCGCCAAGGGCUGGGGACCCUGCUACUCCCGCCAGUGCAUUACGUCCUGUCCCUGCUGGCUCGAGAUCCUGCUUGACAAGCCACGCUGAGGCUCAUGGGACGCAGUGGGGGGCAGUGCUGGGGGCUGCUCCCAUGGCCCUGUGCUUGCCCAAGCAGGGGCACUCAGGCCUGCACCCCACCAGGCACGAGGUGUGACCCUGCUUGUGGGGCUUACUUGUGAGCCCACAGCUGCCCUCCCUGUAUCUGCCCCAUCUGGGGGGUGUGUAGGCAGGGCCAUGGGGCCUGGGAGAGAUGUUAUUUAACCUCUUGUGGAAAAGGUAAAGUUUAUUUAAA